CCGAUGCUGCAAGUCUACGAGGCCGCUCCCCCCAGACCCAACACAGCCCUGGUCUCAGGCUCGACUCUCCAGUGUCAGCCCCACAGUCGAGCACGACGACCCCGUACAUACAGCUCGUGUUUCUUUUAAUUCUGGAGAUGAACCAUCAUUCCCGAUACUCCGGCUUAUUACUCCAUCCCUUUCUCACCAAAGAAGUCAGGACAUCUACUCAUCAUGGCUGCAUCGCCUCAAAGUCCAUCACCAUCUACUACUGUCCUCUGCCGCUAUACCCCUGCACCUGAACGGUUCCGGUUGCGCAACAGCUGCAAUAGCUGCGCAUCAUCCAAGUUGAAAUGCCCCCGGGAAAAGCCGAUAUGCUCUCGCUGUGCGCAGCGCCGUCUCACCUGCAAAUAUCUUCCAGCAAAGCCAAGAGGGAAAAAGGCCAACGGACCGUCGAUUGGCAGCGAACCCCGAUCUAGCCAGCCCAGACAUGCCUGCACCUGUCUACAGGCCCAAGUCGAGUCGGCUGUUCCCUCAUCUUCGAAUACUGAGGGAUCCUCCUGUACAAUAAUUUCCAACUCUUCGAGCUUCAUACAUGAUCUUUUCCCCUCACCGGACGACGUCUCAUCUUCUGCCUCUGGUACCACGCAAAUCGACUUUGGCGACUAUUUUCCCACACCCGUAUCCGACAGAACCGACAUGGACAUGCUUAGGGAAGCCCAUAACUUUUCCACGAGCAUCAAUGGCAGCAGCAUGGGCUCCGACGAGCGUUUUGAUACCUUCCCACCCUUUAGUGAUGCAAUUUCCGAGCUCUUUACUGUCUCCAUCCCUAACCCUACGCCUGAGACUUCGAUGCAGUUUGGCAUGGAACCAGCACAGAGUUACCAGGCGGUUGGUCCCAACGACUCGCCGCAUUCUUGCUUGAAUCGGGCUCUCAGAUCCCUCGAGCAAAUCUCCUCGAUAUCCUAUCAGGAGGAAGCUGCUGCAAGCACGACCGUCGGAGCCAUUGUCACUGAGAGCAAGGCUGCCAUCCAAACCAUUCAGACGACGCUCACAUGUACUUGCUCGCAGGACGGGUACUCGCUUGUUAUCAUCGCGUUUGUCGUACUGAAAGUGUUGGACUUGUACGCUGCUGCGGCACGACAUGGGCCAAGCUUCCACCAUGACCGAGGCCCUGAGUCGCGCUCGCCGUCAGUAUCUGACCAUGUCCUCCCAAAUACGGCUACCAUCGGGAACUACUGCCUUGAAGGCGCAGACUCGGCACGCAUGGCGGCGCAGCUCGUGCUGAACGAGCUCCACCUCGUUCGACGUGUUGUGGGAAAGCUUUCCUCGGCAUUGAAGAAGCAAGCAGCUACAGGUGAGGGACAGGCCGAGGUAAGCACGCAGGACACUUUGAGCUCAGAUGUGGUCAACGAGCGCGCAUUGCCGUUUUCACUAGCAACAUACGAUGAUCUAGCCAUCGAUUUAGUAAAACGCUGUAAGACACUUUCCCUGGGUAUCAUAAACCAACUAAGAGAGCUCUGACCAGCUUGCCUGUGAUCAGGUCGGCUGGGGUUGGUUGUGGCACCAGUUGUCAAUUGCAUUGCAUCUGGGAGACUGGGCUUCAAUAUAAAAGCAGAUUGCCUGGUAGCCGACUCACCUGCAGUAGGCCUGUCACCAGUUAGAACUAGCCAGGCUAGUAACGGGUCACUACCAAUGCCACUGAAGGGCGGUUAGAUAAGAUCAGUGGCUCCACGCGAGACGA